UCAACUUCAACAAUCUGUUCCAUUUACGUCAAGCAAGAGGGUCUCAAGCCCAGACAUUCGUUGUUGUGUUUCAUGAACAUUUUCAAAGAGGUUUUCUUUCUAUCACACAUUGAAUCGCUGCAUUUGCUCCUCAAUACGCCCGCUUCAAUGUGGAAAUCGCUUUAACUACAAUUUAGCGCCAUCGAUUUCUCUGUUUGAAUAAUUGCUUCACCUACCGGAAAGCGGUAGGCGAAGAAGUGCGCUUCAGAAUGGGUUUCGGGGAUUUUGACUGGAUCUGCCAGCGCGCACCUCUCCCUCUAUGCGCUCUCGUCGGACCCCCUUCGUCAAUCGCGGGGUCUGCUGGUAUUCAACCAGCUUGUUACGCUCGCAACAUUGAGGUUGCCAACACCCUCAUCUUUGAAGGCGCAGCAGAUGUCAUGCAUAUCGUCUCUCUCGUGAUGACUGCAAUUAUGAUUAUUCAUGUCAGAUCCAAAUUCACUGCUGUUGGCCGCAAAGAAAUCACAACCUUCUUCUACCUCUACCUGACGCUCACAAUUUUUUCGCUCAUUCUCGACGCUGGCGUCGUCCCGCCAGGCUCUGGGCCCUAUCCAUACUUCACCGCAGUACAAUGUGGCCUAGUCUCAGCACUUUGCACAUGUCUCCUUAUAAAUGGCUUUGUCGGCUUUCAACUUUACGAAGACGGAACAACGCUCUCAGUCUGGCUCCUCAGAUCGAGCUCAAUAGCCAUGUUUAUUGUCUCAUUUGUCGUGUCUCUAUUCACAUUUAAAGGACUGGCAGGACUAAGCCCGACGAAUACGGUUGGUCUAUUCGUCGUGCUAUACGUUCUGAACGCUAUUUGCGUAGUCGUAUAUCUUAUCAUGCAGAUUCUGUUAGUGGUCAACACUCUCCAGGAUCGAUGGCCAUUGGGCCAUAUCUCUUUUGGCGUACUUUUCUUUGUCGCUGGCCAGGUUAUAUUGUAUGUCUUCGCAGAGCCAAUCUGCAGAGGUUCCUCGCAUUAUUUGGAUGCCCUCUUCGUCGCUACCAUCACCAAUCUGCUAGCAGUAAUGAUGAUUUACAAGUUCUGGGACUCUAUCACCAAGGAAGACCUUGAAUUUAGCGUUGGGAUCAAAUCGAAUAAUUGGGAGAUCAAGGAGCUGCUUACCGAAGAUGAGAACCGGACGACCAUGUACCAUGACUCCGAUUAUGCCAGUAGCAUGUUCCCACCUACUGCUCGCAGCUCUACAUAUGGCCUCUAACAGUCAUCUGAGCGUUAUCAUGUUUCAAAAUAUCACGACGUUAAUGCCCCUUUGUAUCUCUCUUUAGCAUCGACGGAAAGGUAUAAUCUCUAAGCGACACUACAGGCGUAGGUAUUCAAGGUCACAUUGGUGCACAUUUAUUUGGAUCAUAUAGAAUAGAUAAUAAUGGCUUCAACGGCU